AUGAAGAAUAUUCCAUCUUCUUCUUUAAAAGAGCUUGAUUAUGACCAAGAUGAGGAGUCCGUCACCCUCUCACUCUCAACAAUGGCUCCUAGUUCACAUGUCCAAACACCACCACAAAAUGUUCCUCCUUCUAUAUCAUCAUCAAAAUUACCUCAACAACCAACAUGGUUAACAUUGUCACCACCACCACGUCCACCACAAAAGUCACUUGUACUACCACCCCCUCCUCAUCUCACUAAUAUCCUACUCCAACCUCCCACAUCCCAUCAAGAUGCAGCCGCCGGUCCAUCUCGAUUGUCGCGCACCAGAAGGUCCCCGGUCCGGUCCCUUGGGCCGGGGAAGAGUGACACCAUAGCUGCACCAUACCCUUGGGCCACCACAAAGCGUGCCACGGUCCAUAGUCUGGACCAUCUCAUGUCAAAUGGCAUCAACAACAUUAGUGGCGAAGUGCAAUGCAAGAGGUGUGACGAACAAUAUGAGAUUGAAUUUGAUUUGGAAAAAAAGUUCAUGGAAGUUGCAACAUUUAUAUCGAAGAACAAGCAUUUAAUGCACGACCGCGCACCGACUAUUUGGAUGAACCCGGUUCUACCGGAUUGCAGCUCUUGUGGGCAGAAUAAUUGUGUGAAGCCAAUUCUUUCGAAGAAGAAAUCGAUCAACUGGUUGUUCUUGUUGUUAGGGCAAAUGCUUGGAUGUUGCAAACUUGCUGAAUUGAAGUACUUCUGCAAGCACACGAAGAAUCAUAGGACGGGUGCCAAAGAUCGUGUUCUUUAUCUCACUUAUUUUGAAUUGUGCAAGCAACUUGUUCCCGAUGAACCUCUUUAA